AUGUACCAUAAUGCCACAACAAAGGUUAGGAGCCCGGUUGGGACUAGUGGGGAGUUCAGUGUAGAGGUGGGGGUGCACCAGGGUUCUGCCCUGAGUCCACUCCUAUUCAACCUUGUGAUGAACUACCUCACUGCAGAAUUGCAGCUCGCACCUCCAUGGGACAUCAUAUAUGCUGAUGAUAUUGUCCUUAUCAGAAAAACGCCAGAUGAGAUGCAGCAAGCACUUGACAUGUGGCGAGUCAAACUGGAAGGAGCUGGCCUCAGAAUCAGUAGGGAGAAAUCAGUUUACAUGCACUGUGGUUUUAGUGGCAAUGUCAGUCGGGCACCACACCUGUAA